AUGGGGGAGUUGCUGCUGACGGAUAAAGAAGCCACUGGGCUUGUCAUCGGAGGGAUCGCAGCCGCCACGGUUCCCAAACCUAGAUGGGCGGUGGUAGGAAAGGUUUGUUCUCCCAGGAAGUUGAUUAUCAGUGCUUUAGAUCGAGCGAUGCAACGGGCAUGGGGCCUUCAUCACCCGGCGCAGUUUAAGGACAUCGGAGACAACCGUUUCGUUGUGCGGUUUACCUCGGAAGGGGAUUGGAAGCACGUGAUGAACAAUGGGCCAUGGCAAUUCGAUUUCAAUGCUGUGCUUCUGAAGAAGUAUGACGGUGCGGUGAGGCCGUCGGAUAUGGUGUUUGAUACUAUGGAUAUUUGGGUUAGGGUUCUGGACCUGCCAAUGGACAAAAUGAAUAGGGUGUAUGGAGAACUGAUAGGAAGAUGGAUUGGCAAGUACAUCUCUGUUGAUGUAGAUGCUGAUGGGAUAGCCUGGGGCGAAGAUCUUCGUAUCCGAGUGGAGGUCAGGGUUGAUCAGCCACUUCUCCGUGGCGUUAAUAUCAGAGACUCUGAUGAGGAUGUAGAAGGGACCUGGUUCGAUCUCAAAUAUGAAAAGGUCCCACAUUUCUGUUUCUCGUGUGGCUGUGUGGUUCAUCCUGAAAACAAAUGUCUUGGUGAAGAUGAAGAGGAGAAACAGUGGGGGGAAUGGCUGCGAGCAUCACCACGCAGGAACAAAAAACCAGUUGCUGUAUCUCGGCCGGCAGUGUCAUCUAACAGCUUCAGUAGUAGGUCGGCGGGAUCAGAGAACCGGUUCCAUGGUGGUGCCUCAAUUCGGGACAUCCCCGCGAGGCGCAAUCUUAACAACGAGUACGCCUACUCUAGCUCUUCUCGCACUGGCGAGAAUCAGCAUAGGAGAGGUAUGCGGGAUGUAACGAGCCCGGAGAAAGGCCACAGGGCGACGGGCAUGAGUGUGGAAAAGAACAAGGGUCCGGCAUAUGAUGAAGGUCAGGGGAGGAAAGGGGGUACGUUUGUGCGUCGUCAGCGCAACACAGAUAGAGUCCACCCGGCUGAUCAGUCUCAGUUGCCACCGGGCACAAACAGAAAGAGGAGUACCAAGCAAGUCUGGCUGCCGGUCGCAGUGCAAGUUCUUGGUGAGGAGGACUCAGACUCAGCUGGCAAGAGGCAAAAGGUACAGUCUGUGUUCGAUAGGAUGGAAGAGCCUGCUCAGUCUGUGUUUGACAGAUUAGAAGUCCCAUCGGCGGACCCUGCUCAGCGGGGCCGCCGGGAACAAUGA